UACGCACCGUGGAGGAGCUCCGAAGGAUUACUGCCAUGCAGCCGACCGAGCCUCGAGUUAACCGAGCUGACACCAGGGGAUGUCAGGGUUAUGAGCGCUCUGAAGAAACACCACUGGCAAGCACAGAGAAGACUAUACUGCUAAGUUAUAUAGGAUGAAGACGCUUCUCCAGUGGUGCCAAUUACGCACAGAAAUGCGCUGAGCAAUUUGGCGCGUUCAUCAAGAAAAACACAACAAAAGCUCUUUUUUUGAAGACCUUCAUAUAAUCUGGCUGUCACCAAUGACUGUCACCUACACAGCCAGAGUUGCAAACGCCCGUUUCUGUGGCUUUUCCAAGCUGCUUUUAGCCUGGAAAGGCAGCAUCUACAAGGUGUUAUACAAAGAGUUCCUGGCUUUCUUUGCCAUGUAUACCGCCAUCAGCAUCACUUACAGAUUUUUCCUAUAUGAUGACCAGAAGAGGUAUUUUGAAAAGCUUGCAAUUUAUUGCAACCACUACGCCAGUCUCAUCCCCAUGUCCUUUGUACUGGGUUUCUAUGUGACCCUGGUGGUGAACCGGUGGUGGAGCCAGUACACCAGCAUCCCGCUCCCUGACAGGCUCAUGUGCAUCUUGUCGGGGGGCCUCCAGGGGAGCGACGAGCGAGGCCGCCUGCUGAGACGAACCAUGAUGCGCUACGCCAGUCUGUCGGCGCUGCUCAUCCUCCGCUCGGUCAGCACGGCCGUUUUCAAACGUUUCCCCACCAUGGACCAUGUGGUGGAGGCUGGAUUCAUGUCAAGAGAGGAACGGAAGAAGUUUGAGGGUCUCCACUCCCCUUAUAACAAAUACUGGAUCCCCUGUGUUUGGUUCACCAACUUGGCGGCGGUGGCCCGCUGUGAGGGCAGGAUCAAAGACGAUCACACGCUCAAACUACUGCUGGAGGAGCUGAAUGCGUUCAGAGGGAAGUGCAGCAUGCUGUUUCAUUACGACAUGAUCAGCGUUCCCCUGGUCUACACUCAGGUGGUGACGUUGGCAGUUUACAGUUUUUUCCUGGUUUGUCUAAUUGGCCGACAGUUUCUGGACCCCAGUCAAGGCUAUCAAGGUCAUGACCUCGACCUCUACGUGCCCAUCUUUACCCUUCUACAGUUCUUCUUUUAUGCCGGGUGGCUCAAGGUUGCAGAGCAGCUGAUCAACCCUUUCGGAGAGGAUGAUGAUGACUUUGAGACCAACUGGCUGAUAGACAGAAAUUUCCAGGUGUCCAUGAUGGCGGUAGAUGAGAUGUAUGGGGAUCUGCCUAUGAUGGAGAGAGAUCGUUACUGGAACGACUCCAACCCCAGACCCCCCUACACCGCCGCCACUCUCUUUGUCCUUCGCAAACCCUCCUUCCAGGGGUCCACUUUUGACAUGGCGAUCCCUAAAGAGGAGAUGCACUUCCAGCCUCUGGAGGACAUUGCUGAGAACCUGGAAGAGUCAGGCAGUCGUCAUCCCAACAUGGCCCUCUUCAACCGCCUACUCAAUGCGGCCCCCUCCCCGACUGGCCUCAUGGGAGGGGCUCUUCGUCGCACCUCGGCACAACUCCAAAGACUACGUCACUCUCCCAGCAUUGACCAAUGCACCAGCGAUGAUGAUGAUAAUGACAGCUGUAAAAUAGGUAAAGGUGGAUCUCUGCCAUCAGGUUUGGGGCAGGACACCCAAAGCACAGUGUGUAGCUUCAGGGAGGAGAAGAGCACCAGAACACCUCUGCUGGAGAUUCAGUUUGGGGUGGACCAGGAGAAGCGAGGGGGACUCCCUGUCAUCAAUGACAAGAAGGAGGUGGCUGGAGUGGGGGGAAGGUUUGAUGAAGAGUGGCAGAUGAGGGAGGAAGGAGGUAAAGCUGAAGGUUCAAGGGUGGAUACACAAGUGUCACUACUUCCUCCUCCUCCCCAGUCUUCCAGAGAGACAUCUACUCAAUCAGCCUCUGCCAUUCCUAUCAUCACCCCCCACCCCUCUGCCUUCAUGUUUCACCCGGCUGUCCACUCGAGUCUGGAGCACUGCAGCUCCCAGCCUGCUAUCAACCAGAACAGAGCCGUGCCCGCCAUUCUCAAACCUCCAUUUGGAGGAAACAAAAUGUCCUUCCUCACCGUGCCGUCUUACAGCGAACCUCAGCGUUUUCGUAGCGUGAGCAUGGGAUCAGAGCUCACUGGGUCUUAGAUGGGCAAUGAGUCUUUGAUGUUCUCAUGAACUUUUGACUGUAUGCAAUCAUAAUGCUCGAUUCAGUGCAUGUUUUCAAGAAUGAAAUUAGUCAUAAUAAUGGAACUGAACUUUUACUUUGAAUCUGCAACACUUUUGGAUCAGAGAGUCAUCAGCUUUUGAAAAAUGUUAAAGAAAGCAACACCUCCCCGUAUUUCCAAAGAAUUACUUUGCAUUUCUUAAAAUGAAUAUAAGAGCACCGCUCUGACUGGUAUUCUGGUAUAUUGGUAUACCUGCGAGGAAGGUUUAAGGCAGUACUGUGAACUUGAAAAGCACAUUCUUACUUCCUCAGUUUGUGAGAAGAAAAAUAUGCAAUACAGACAUUACAUGUUUGUGCUAAACUAAGCUAAGUGAGUUUCAACGUGUUAAGCCUGGCUUAGCACACUGACUGGAGGCAGGGGAAGACUCAUUCGCAAUUGUUGAAAGGCUUAUGACGCAGACAACCUUAUCAGAGGACUUUGGAGGUAUCAUGAGAUAGCAAGCUUAAUAAUUAAGAUAGCUCCUCCUUGUUA